UCCUGUCGUCGGCAUGGCCAUGCAGACGAAUUUCUGAAACUUUCAGGAACUUUGUAUUCUGAAUAAAAAGAAUAAACAAUUUUACGUUAUGUAAUUUUGAAAUAAUAUAUUUAGGCUUCAUACGGACCACAAUAUUUUACAAUUUGUAGAAGCCAAAUGGCACCUACCCACACAAAGUCAAGCCAGAUUUGAAGUGAUACUGAUAGGCUACUCUAGAUCUGAUGAUAUUGAUAUUAAGUGUCGUGACAGAUAAUGAUGAAAGUCCUGGCGAGUGUCUAAUUGGUGGAGAAAAGAAACAAAAUUUAUAAAGAGGAUCAAUCAUGGCCCAUAUACCACAAUAGAAUCUUAGGAUACAUAGAUUUUAUUGCAUCUAAACAAGAAUAUAUUUAAGACCCUAUGGCGACAUUUUCUAUUAUCCAUUUCAAUGAUGUCUACAACAUUGAACCAUGUACAACAGAGCCUACAGGAGGAGCUGCUCGACUAUCUGGAUAUAUUAAGUCGUGCAAAGAUGAAAAGCCAGUGGUUUUAUUCAGUGGAGAUGUUUUGAAUCCUUCAUUAAUGAGCAUAUUUUUAAAAGGGGAACAAAUGAUACCAGUUAUGAAUGGUAUAGGAGUAGGCUGUGCUGUGUUUGGAAACCAUGAUUUCGAUUUUGGUGUGGAUCAUUUAAAGUGUUUAAUAGGUGACACAAGAUUUCCCUGGUUGAUAAGUAACGUAACUGAUAACCUAAAUAAUGAACCUCUAGCUAAUGGGGAGAUAACUCAUAUGAUCAUCAAUAAUGGUGUAAAGAUUGGUUUAAUUGGAUUAGUAGAAGAAGAAUGGAUAGAAACUUUAGCUACCAUUGAUCCAGAAGAUGUUACAUAUACUGAUUAUGUAGAAGCUGGUAGAAAAUUAGCAGGUGCUCUUCGACAUCAGGGUGCUGAUAUUGUGAUUGCCUUAACUCAUAUGAGAUGGCCGAAUGAUACAAGAUUAGCAGAAGAAGUUGAUGAUAUCGAUAUAAUAUUGGGUGGACAUGAUCAUGAUUAUAUUGUUCAACAGAUAAAUGGAAAAUAUGUGGUUAAAAGUGGCACAGAUUUUCGAAAUUUGAGCCACAUUUCCCUAGCAAAGGAAAAUGGAAACUGGAAUAUUGAUAUUAAAAGAGUUGAUCUGGAUUCUUCUAUACCAGAAGAUGAUAUUAUAAAAGAUAUGGUGAUAGCAAAGUUAGCCCAGGUUGAUGAUAAAAUGGAUAAUAAAUUAGGAGAAAUGUUAGUGGAGCUAGAUGGAAGAUUUUCUAAAGUUCGAACUCAAGAAACAAAUUUAGGAAAUUUUAUAACGGAUGUGAUUUUAACUGCAACUAAUGCUGAUGUGGCCUUACUAAAUUCUGGUACAUUUCGAUCCGAUAGAGUACAUCCACGUGGAGAAUUUAAGAUACGUGAUCUGUUGACUAUACUCCCCCUGGUCGAUCAUCUAGUUGUCAUUAAAGUUACAGGUAAACAGAUUGUUCAAGCGCUAGAAAAUGGUGUAUCUCAGUAUCCUAAACUAGAAGGAAGAUUUCCACAAGUGGCUGGAAUCCAGUUUGGUUUCGAUCCCAGUAAGCCCAGAGGACAUCGUGUUGAUCCUGGAUUAGUAAAAAUACAGGGAGACUACCUUGACUUACAAAAGAAUUAUCGUCUAUGUACUAAAGAAUAUAUUGCUAAUGGUAAAGAUGGCUAUGAUAGUCUGAAAGAUUCGGAGAUACUGGUAUCAGCCGAGGCAUGUCCUACUAUAUCAACUAGUGUACAGAAUCAUUUUGAAUCUGUAGAUAUAUUACAUGGUGAUAAAGAAUGUGUAUCAGGACACAAACAAAGUCUACUCUGUCUUGUCAAAAAGAAUGAAAUUGUACAUAGACAAUCUAGUAUUGAUAAUACACGCAAUCCACUGACACGUCAGAAGAGUAUACACGAAGCCGAGGCUGAACUUCGUCUUUUAUCUCCUAAAGUUGAUGGUCGAAUAUUCCAGUAUGACGAAGAGAAAAGAAUUAUAAUGUUAGCAUUAAAAGAUUCUACCAGUUCCAGACGACUUCACUUGAGAGAAAAUAAAUUAUCUUCUACUAUAGACUUAGAAGAUGACGAGGAUCUAGAAAACGAAGAAAUUGUUUCUAAUUAGGGAAAGUUACAUUGCUAAAGUCUUGGUUUAUUCAGAGUAAUUAUAUUUAAUCGAUAUGCAGUGAUGCAAGCAACAUAUUAAGGCCAGAGAUUGUCGUUUAAAUUUGAGGUACAAUAUCUAUGUUUCCCGGGUUAAUCCAUGGAAAAAUUGAUUUUUUAACAUUUAAUUAAAGUAUUUGCUUUUUUCAGAAAAAAUACAAGUUGCUAUGGGUUAAUCCAUGCUAAUAUGUACUAAAAAAUAUUGCUUGGAGUCUUUUAAGAAAUCAAAAUGUCAUUAGUUUACGUAAUUGUCUAUUGUUAAGAUGAAGAUUCAACAUUUUUAUCAGUUUCAACACAACUUUACUUCGGUUGUUAAGAUUGAAACAUACAGUACAGUGUUUUUAUCAAUUUAAAUACGAAUGUGUGUUGAUACAUUUCAAGUUGCCUUAAUUUCGUGAUGCUUAAAUUUUAUUGUUUUUUAACAAUAUGUAGUUUAUAAUUUGAAGUUAAGUUAUAACAUUCCACUGUUUUAUAUAUGGAAGAUCACUAAAACUCAACAAUCUUGCUAAUUAUAAUUUGGAAUCUGAUUGAAAAUAUCUUAUUAAAUUUAAUAUUGCAAUGCACCUCUGGAAAUGAUUAGGUGUUUGACAAAAUGUCAGGCACUAAUGAACUUGUACCUGGCAUAUUCAACUUUGUGCUGAACAUGUAAAAACAAAUGUCAAUAAAAACACAGAAAAAACACAAAUCAGUGCCAGUCAGAAUAACAGGCUUGACAAGGUCUUGAUCACGAUCUGUGCCUGAUAAUGUCCGUGACUUGUUCCAAGUUCUCAAAGCAUUCUCAGACUUAGAUAAUUAACUCAAAAUUGUUAUUUUAACUAAAAUAUAGCCCUUUAUAAAACUGUUGUUGUUUUAAUGUAUCAAAUACAUCAAUAAGAAACUAUGUGCAAAGUUUUGUAUUUCUGGAUUAAAGAUAUUUCUCAUAAACAGUGAUUGAAAGUUGGGUAAAUUCUUAACUUAAGUCUGAGAAUGCUUUGUGAACUGAGGGCCAUGUGCUUUAUUUCUAGGUGAUAUUUCCUUCAUAAUUAGCUGCAAAGAUCUCAUAAAUUGAUCUAUGACCGACAGAUAUGUGAUAUAUUUUUUCGCGGUUGCUAGAUGUUUGAUUAGAUUUCAUCUAAUCAAGCUGCUGUUAUUAUUACUGUUGACAAAAUUAUUUAUUUAUGAAUCAUUUACUGCUGUCAUUGUUAAUUGUUGUACUUGUAUAUAAGGGGCAUUGAAUUAAACCAUGAAAAGAAGUUUAUAUUUUAAUAUAUUUUUAAAUGGUAGAUAGACUAGCUUAUUCACUUGUAUGAUUUAAAUAUACAUUAUGCAAGAGCUAAAUCUGCUAAUUGCAGGUCUUUCUUUAGGCCUGAAAUGUUAUCUAAAUUAUUAAUUAGACAUUUAUUAACUUAUCCAGACCAUAAUCAACUCUCGGUGGCAUCGGAUACCUGAGAUUUUAACUAGAUUAGAACGGUUCGCCAUUUAAAAAAUUUAAUUUAAAAAUGGGAAAGCGAGGCCAAAUCUUGAAUAUACCAGUGCCCUGGUUACCACUAUGCACACAUCUUGUCAAAACUACAAACAGUGAUAACUUGGCUCAGAAUGAUGUAAUUUGAAUGAAAUUUUCAAUAUUUUCAUUGAACAUUAUCUAUUUUUGAGCUAUUAUAGCAAGAAUGGUCAGCUCUUUAUCUAAAUCUUACAGAAUGUAUCUUUAACCGUUUGUACUUCAUUGUAAUGCAAAUUAUAAAAAUAAAAUUCUAAAAGGACAUCACCCAUUUGAAUGAUAUUGAGAUAUUUCUCUAUUAGAUUUGGGCCAUACAAUGAAAAUAAUAAUACGUAUUAUUGUAGAGGUUUAACAUAUUUAUAGGCAAAAGAGUUAGUGUAAACUUUCCCUACAUGAGCAGAGGAUUUACUUUCUAAUAUAUUUCUAUGCUUCCAAAGAUCAACUUUUUAUUCUUUUGAUCCUAAAUCGGAAAUUUACCUUGAUUAUCUGUACCCUUGCUUGAAAAAUCAGUUGUAAGACAAAGAAUGGAUUUCUGUCAGAAAGAGGAUAAGAAAAAUAUUACAUGUGCCAUUAUUUUGAUGUGCUGUUAAUUGGAUAUUGAAAGUUCUCCAAUAUUAGUGUUUGUCUUCAUCAUAAAUUGCAUGCAUUUUACACAGCUGCAAUACACCUUUACAGUCAGUCAAGAUGUUUUUGUCCAUUGCAUUUCAAACAUAUAUCGGAAUAUCCCUUUAAUUUCUUUAUUUACUUACUGUCCAUUGCAUUUUCAAACCAUAGAUCAUAAUUCUUGCGUGGCAUUUAGCAAUUGCACACAAAAUAAAUGGUCCCAAUAAUGUGCCAGUUUAUUCAAAGUUUUAUAUUUUGUAUUUCUAGCUCGUAUAUUCUAAUCAAAUAUUAUUUUGCAUACCAAUAGUACAACCUUAUUUUAUGUUUUUAUGUCUUUAUAUAUUUAUGAUUUACAUGCUGGAUGAUAACCAAAGUAGAUGAUCUAUUUCAGGGAGAUGCUUAAUUUCAGUUGUGAAUACACCUUAAAUAUUCCAAGGCCUUUUUUAAAAAAAUUCUGGUGCUUUGAUAAUCCUGUGUCACUUAAAAAAAAGGGCCCCAUGACGUGGGUUUUGUUUUUCAAAGAAUAAAAACUGUCUCAUAAAUUACUGCACAUAAAUAUUUUACCUCAUCAGAGAAGUAAAUCUAUAAAAAAAUUAAAAUGAAUCCGUAGACUCAUUUAUCAAGUACACAGUCCUGAUAACUGUUAAUAAUAAUCAUAAAUGAUACUGGAUAAUCAUACAUUCCUUUAAACAUGAUACUGGAUAAUCAUACAUUCCAAUAAAGAACAUUAUGAGAUAAAUGUGGUGACUUGAGAUUUGACAUAUAUUAUAAAUCAUUCAGUCAAAUAGUCGAAUCAUCAGUGAUCCUUUGACAAAAGGGGGGUUGGAUGGCUGAAUGGUUAGCAUGUGCGCGCUGUAUCGAUUCAGGGGUUUUGAUUCCCCUGUUGUACAUUACAAGGAGUAGGUUCGCCUGUCCAACCUCGUAGGUUUUUUUCCAGGGUCCUCCGGUUUCCUCCCACUGCUAAAGACCCUACGCGCCAGCAAAUUAUUGAAAUUAAAUUGGACCGUGUGUUAGUCCCGAAAUGACCUAGUUUGUGUUGAGUGGACAUUAAACCUCAUUUCUCUCUCUCUCCUUUGACAAAAUUAAAACACAAAAAUAAAAAUCUCUGACUCCCGCAUCAGAUGCUUAGUAAGGAUUGUCUGAGAACCAGAAUAUUGUUCAUGUUUGGCCUAACAAUCAUUUAUAUUGUCAUAUUUUAUUAGUUAAAAUAUAUUUUGUACUUUUUAUAAACAAAUGUGUUUUUGUUUUAUUAAGUUCCUUUUAUUGAUAUGUUAUAUUUCUAUUAGUUGAAUAUUUUAUCUGCCAGAAUUGUAUUCAUUUCUAUGCAAUUAUUAUUAUUUGAAUAUAUAUGUAUGUAAUUUUUUUUUUUUUUAUCUAUUAUGUUUAUAAAU